GGUCCCAGCUCACGCUCACUUCCGUCGCACCUGCCCAGUUGGACCCCCGGGCUCGCACUGUUGUGGCGGUUUUUUGGGAUCUGCUAGUUACUAGGAAACUCUGCUCUUUAACACCCGAGGGCGAUGCGCUCUGCUCCAGCCAUCAGAGCCUGCCAGAGAGUCUGCCGGUGCCUCUUGUCUGGGUUUCGGGGUCAAGUAGAUGGGAGGCAGCCGGAGCAGUUGUCGGAAGGGACCGGCUCCUUCGUAGGGCCCGUGAGGUCGCAAGCGGAGCUACCCCGAAACGAGCCGAGAGAAGCCCCCGAGUCUGGUGGUGAGGGGAGUGAGGAGCUGGUAGCGAUCUGUCAGAAGAGACGUUUCCUCAGUGGCACCAAGCAGCAGCUUAGCCGAGAUUCUCUUCUGAACGGAUGCCACCCCGGCCUUGGCCCCUUGGGCAUAGAGUUGCGGAAGAACCUGGCGGCCGAAUGGUGGUCCUCGGUGGUGGUGUUCAGGGAGCAGGUCUUCCCGGUAGACGCCCUCCAUCGUGAACCAGGUCCUUCGCUGCCCGUGGACGAUGGCUUCAGGUUAGUUUCUGCAGAAACGCUGCGCGAAAUCUUGCAAGACAAAGAGCUGAGUAAGGAACAGCUAGUAGCAUUUCUUGAGAACUUACUAAACACUUCUGGGAAACUACGGGAGAACCUUCUUCACGGUGCCUUGGAGCACUAUGUUAGUUACCUGGAUCUGAUAAACAAGAGGCUGCCUUUUGGCCUUGCUCAGAUUGGAGUGUGUUUUCACCCUGUUUCUGAUACUAAGCAGACACCUGAUGGUGUUAAAAGAAUCGGUGAAAAGACUGAAGCUUCUCUGGUAUGGUUUACUUCAGCAAGAACAGCAAGCCAGUGGCUUGAUUUCUGGUUACGUCAUCGACUCCUAUGGUGGAGAAAGUUUGCUGUGAGUCCAUCUAACUUCAGCAGUGGAGAUUGUCAGGAUGAAGCAGGCCGAAAAGGAAACAAACUUUACUACAAUUUUCCCUGGGGAAAGGAGCCAAUAGAAACCCUGUGGAAUCUAGGAGAUCAUGAACUUUUACACACGUAUCCUGGAAGUGUGGCUCAAUUGCACGGCCGAGACGGGCGGAAAAACGUGGUUCCUUCUGUUUUAUCUAUAAAUGGAGAUCUAGACCGAGGCAUGCUGGCCUACCUCUAUGAUUCUUUCCAGCUAACAGAGAACUCCUUUACAAGAAAGAAAGAUCUUCAUAGAAAGGUGCUUAAACUUCACCCUUGUUUGGCCCCUAUUAAAGUUGCUUUGGAUGUGGGACGAGGCCCAACAGUGGAACUAAGACAGGUUUGUCAAGGGCUAUUUAAUGAAUUACUAGAGAAUGGAAUUUCUGUGUGGCCUGGUUAUUUGGAAACUGUGCAGUCUUCACUGGAACAACUUUAUUCAAAAACCACAUACCCUUAGUUAAUUGCUACAGCAGGAAACAGUACUCAUCAGGUAUAUUUAACCAUGUGCUACAUGAAACCUUAAGACUCCUACCAUGAAGGAGGACUAUGUGUCCCUGAGGUUUUCAGUUUAUCAGGAAUGGAAUUACUCCUAAUAGAUGCAGUUGUUGAAUGAGGACUGUGGGAACCUGAGUGGAGUGCCUUUUUCUUGCUGGUUCUUACGGUUCAUUCUCAGGCUGAGUGGAAGGUAAUUUCAUUCCAGAGAACAGAGAACUGGUUUUCUCAGUUGAUCGGUGCCUCUGUUUACCUGAUUACUUAAGACUGAAACCUGGAUAUUGUCCUUCACACAUCCCUCUUCUUACUGUCCGCGCCCAGUCCAUCCCUGACUCUUGUCUUCCUCCUAAAUGUGUCUCACGUCCACAUCUCCCCAUCUUCACUGCCCCUACUCAAGUUAAGGUUACUAGUAUCUCUUGGCUGAAUUAUUGAACUAAUCUCCUAAUCGAUCUCCCUGUCUCUAGUCUUAGCUUUGCUAUUUCCAGUGACUUCUAUUUUUCAAUAAAACAGUUCAUUCCCCUUACUUUGGGUUUAUUUUGUUAUUUUUUUAGCUUUUUGUGACAAAUACAUAUCUUUUAGGUGAUAAGUUGUGAAGCUUAGUGUCUUAUUCCUCAGUUCUCUAGUAACUUGUUAAAUAUACCUUUCAGGUGAUGGCAGAAGUAAAACAGGUUUCUAUAGAUAGAACAACUGAUGGUUUUAUCACACAUAAAAUGAAGUAGUAGUACUUAAACCUUCCAAUGUUCUCAGAUCUAAAAUCUUACCCUUUGAGUCUUAAGGACACUCUCAAGUUACAUUUGUUCUUUACAUAGUAAAGGCUUUAUGUCUCAGGAUAUUUAUUUUCUUUGUCCCAGAAUAUGUCCAUCCAGAUAUAUAUUAAGCACCUACUAUAUUUUAUGUACUUUGAUACAGCAACAAGCAAGAGAACAAAGUUUCCUGUUCUUGUGAUGCUUACAUUGUAGUGGGCUAGAGUAGACAAUAGACAAGUAAGUAGAUAAAUAAGAUAAUUUCUGGUGGAGUCCUACAAAGAAGAGAAAUAUUAAUGACCUAGUGUGUGACUGGGUAAGCAAAAAGAAGGCCAGUGUGGAAUAUAUUCAGUUAUUGCUAAACUAGAAACUGUAAGCUAGCAUACUAAGUUAUAUAUUAAACAUGGGUUCUGGUAUCAUUUGUUGUGCACUGGGUCUUAAUAUUAUAGUAGUCGUGUAAGAGAGUUGGGUCUAAAAUAAUUUUCUUGGAUUGUAGCCACAUACCAAAAGCCGAGGUUAUUCUGAGGUUCAUACAUAAUAGCAUACCAAAUGAUGUGUUGAGAUGCCGAUAUUUCUUUCUUCUUUUUCUUUUAAUGACUGUUUAUUUCUUAUGUUUUAUUUUCUUUUAUGGCUUCCAAGCUAUUACAAUAAGUCAGAAAUUUUCUGAAGAUUUUACUUUGAAAAUGAUUCAGAAACUUGAGAAAACUGUUUUUGGGUUUAGCUCUCAAGCACUGCCUUUGAGUUUUGUGGCUCUGGAAAGUGACAUUGAUUCCAGAGUAAUUAAUGCUGGUAAUGUAGUGAAUUUCCAAUUUAUGUUUGUGCUCAUAUGUUUUGGUUAACUACUUUUUUUUCUUAGAUAUGAUGAAAUGAGUAUCCUCUUCACAGUGUUGAUUACUGAAGCUACUUUGGAGAAUGGAUUAAUACAUUUGAGAAGUAGAGACACUACAAUGAAGGAAAUGAUGCAUAUAUCCAAAGUAAAAGACUUUCUAACUAAAUAUAUAUCAUCAGCUAAGAAUGUAUAGAUUUUAAUAUUUGUAUAAUAAAUAUUCACCUUUCCUAA